GAACAUAAUAAAAGUGGGAAGUGUGGAGAGAAGCUAAACGGGUUAAAAAAAAGGUCCGCAAAUUUGGGAUCAAUCUCUGAAAUCUCUCAUUCCGUUGUUACGCGCCACCGUGCUUUUCGUCUCUGUACCUUUCUUUCUCCGGCGAAAUCUGAGUUUAUAUUAGCCUAAAAAAAGAAUGGCGAGUAAAAGCAAAAUCUUGUUCAUCGGAGGAACGGGUUACAUCGGGAAAUAUAUAGUGGAAGCGAGCGCGAGAUCUGGCCACCCAACCCUAGUCCUCGUUCGAAACUCGACGCUCACUAGCCCUUCUCGAGCGACCACCAUCGAGAAUUUCAAGAAUCUCGGCGUUCAGUUUCUCCUCGUUCGUAUCUCUUUCUCUCUUAAACGCUUUUGGUUUAAUGAUGAUUUGCUAUUAUCUCUCUUGGGACAUCAGUACAAGAUCAUCUCUGCCAUUAAAGAAGCCGGUAACGUUAAGAGAUUCUUUCCCUCGGAGUUUGGAAAUGAUGUAGACCGUGUUUACACUGUCGAGCCCGCCAAGUCAGCCUAUGCUACAAAGGCAAAACUCCGGAGAGCAAUUGAGGCCGAAGGAAUCCCAUACACUUAUGUCUCUUGCAACUUCUUCGCUGGCUACUUCCUCCCAACUCUAGCACAGCCCGGUGCUACUUCUGCUCCACGUGAUAAGGUCAUCGUUUUAGGUGAUGGAAACCCCAAAGCGGUGUUCAACAAGGAAGAAGACAUCGGGACUUACACAAUCAAUGCCGUAGAUGAUCCAAGAACCUUGAACAAGAUCUUAUACGUUAGGCCCCCAAUGAACACCUACUCAUUCAACGAUCUUGUCUCGCUUUGGGAGAACAAGAUUGGCAAAACACUUGAAAGAAUCUACGUUCCAGAAGAACAAAUCCUCAAACAGAUAAUAGAAUCUUCACCUCCACUAAACGUGAUGCUAUCCCUUUGUCACUGCGUUUUCGUGAAAGGAGGACACACAAGCUUUGAAAUCGAACCUUCUUUUGGAGUAGAAGCUUCUGAGCUUUACCCUCAUGUCAAAUACACUACUGUUGAUGAAUUCCUCAACCAGUAUGUCUGAAGCUUUAGUGCUUAACUACUGUCACUCCCUGUCUCUCCACAAUUUUUAAUUUUGGGUCUUAAAUAAUUGUCCAUUAACCUGUCUGUUUCUCCGGAAUCGAAGUGUGGUUCAUUUUGAAUGUACGGCUUCAGCACCUGUUUCAUAAUUAGAAAUCUCUGU